AUGAAGUCUAAGCAAUUAGCAGUUGUCUCCUGGGAUUCAAAAUUACCAUUUCCAAAGUUUCCAGUCUGGUUAUAUGUUUUAAUAGUAGCAUUUGUGUCUAUAUUAUGCUAUGGUAACUCAUAUUAUGGUGCUUUUGUGUUUGAUGAUUCUGAGGCAGUUGUAAAUAAUCAUGACGUAAACCUAGAAACACCAGUGGUUAAGAUUUUUAGCCACGAUUUUUGGGGUACGAGACUAACGAACCAGGCUAGUCAUAAAUCAUACAGACCUCUUACAAUACUGUCCUUUAGGUUUAAUGUUUGGUUAAAUAAUGGACAUUUAUGUCCAAAGUCAUUACAUUUUACCAAUAUAGUUUUACAUGCAAUUGUUUCUUGUCAACUGUUACAUGUCUAUAAUUUGUUAUUUAAUGGAGAUUCUCCCAAGACUUCAUUUUUAGCAGCUCUGAUGUUUGCGGUGCAUCCUGUUCAUGUAGAAGUGGUGUCUGGUAUAGUUGGACGUGCUGAUCUACUUAGUGCAUGUUUGUCUCUUUUUGUCUUCAUUAUUUAUCAUAGAACUGCAAAAGCUAAACAAAUAAAUACAUUAACCAACAUAAUAGCUACAGUAUUUUGUUGUAUAUUAAGUGCUAUGGCUAUGCUAUGCAAAGAACAAGGACUAAUGAUUAUGACGUUCUGUGGUGUGUUUGAAGUUAUUGUGAUCAACAAAAUCACGUUUCAAAGUAUUAUGAAAAAUAUUAAAACCUCAAAAAUAAUUCGAUUGCUUAAAAAAGAAUCAUUAGAAAGGCUAUUUAUAUUGACUGCCGGAUUUUGUAUUAUUCUUUAUGGCAGAUGGACUAUUAUGGGAUCACCUCCUAUUUUUCAACAAAUUGAUAAUCCUGCAUCAUUUUUAACAACACCUUUUGAAAGAUUUGUAAAUUACAGUUACAUCUAUUUCAUUAAUAUUUGGAUAAUGAUAUGUCCUGUUUGGCUAUGUUUUGAUUGGUCAAUGGGCUGUAUCCCUCUGAUACAUUUGAAUACAUUUCCUAAAGAUCCAAGAUUAUUCAUUGUUUUUGGAUUUUGGACAAUUCUUGUAUUAAUAUUUUAUAAAAUCCUGUUUUCAAAAAAUUAUGAUAAAAAACAAUUACAAAUGGGAUUUCUAUUAGGUCUUUUAUCGUUUCUGCCUGCUUCAAAUUUAAUGUUUACAGUUGGAUUUGUCAUUGCAGAACGAGUGUUAUAUUUGCCUUCAGCUGGUUUUAUUAUAAUUAUAGUCUUGGGUAUCAGGAGAUUAUGUUUAAAUUAUUUUGUUCAAAAAAUAGUUAGAAUGUGCAUUUUACUAUUAAUUUGUGUACAUUCCAUUCGAACAUAUCAACGCAGUAAGGAAUGGAGUUCUGAAUUAGAAUUAUUUAGAAGCGCAUUGAAAGUUUGCCCAAUGAAUGCUAAAGUACAUUAUAAUUUAGCAAAAAGUUUAGCCGAUAUCGGACAUACACAGGAAGCUAUAGACCGUUAUAAACAUGCACUAUUAUUACACCCAAGGUAUGAUCAAGCGAUGAAUAAUUUAGCAAAUAUUUUAAAAGACAAAAAUGAAUUGGAAGAGGCUAGAUCUUUAUUAGAAAAAGCGGUUACUAUUAGAAAUGAUUUUGCUGCUGCUUGGAUGAAUUUAGGUAUUGUAUUAUCUGCUCAACACGAAUACAAUAAAGCUGAAGAUGCAUACUUAACAGCCUUACAACACAGAAAAAGCUAUCCUCACUGUUACUUCAACUUGGGAAAUUUAUAUUUGGAAAUGGGAGAGAAGACUAAGGCAUUAUUUGCAUGGCAAAAUGCUACAUUUCAACAACCAACUCAUGUAAUUUCAUGGAAUAAUAUGAUUGUGCUCCUAGAGUCAAUUGGUGAAUUAAAACGAGCAGAGAAUGUAGCUCGCACAGCCCUCUCUAUUUUACCAAAUGAACCAAAUUUACAUUUUAAUAUAGCCAACAUAUUAGGUAAAAUAGAUAAAUUUGUAGAAGCGGAAAAACAUUUUUUGGCUGCUAUUAAAUUAAAACAUCGAUCUUCUAAGGCUAUUUUAGUUGCAUUAUAUCAUUCAAAUCUGGGAGUUUUGUAUCAUCGUUGGGAAAAAUAUGAUCUCGCAGAAAUGCAUUAUUUACAAGCAUUGAUGAUUGAUCCAAAUAUGCAGAAAGUUAAAAAUCACCUUGCAUCAAUACGUAAACAUUUAGGAGAAAUCAGUCAACCCGCUCUCAAUAUUAAGUCUUACCAACAAGAAAAAGAGUUUUAA